AUGCUGAGCAAGAAGGACAAGAGCCGGGUCGAGUAUCGCGGGGAGAAGGGCGACGUGCUCAGUCUGGGUGAGCUGUACCUGAACGACCUGUCGGACAUUUACGUGCUCGAGUUGACGAAUCAGGAGACGCAAAAGGUCAAGAUACAGCUGCGUGUGGAGCUGCGCAAGCCGUUCCAGAGCAGUCAGUGGGGUUUCCAGCUCGAGAACGAGAACGUCAGCAUCAUGCAGCGCGAGCGCGAGCAGAAAAACGAGCGUCUUGUGGCGUUGGACGAGUUUGAGCACGUGCCGUUUUCGGUACUGCGCUCGUCUUCUCGAGCUGCUAUUUUCGCCGAGAAUGUGUACCUCUGUGAAGGCUACAACGAGCUGUUUAAUCAUAUCAGGACGGUCGAAGAAGUCACGUUGGCACCAAGAGAGUCGAAAUCGAUCGUUCUUUCGAUAUGCACCAUGCUCACGCCGUCACAAACUCAAGCUGCAGGAGCUGCUCUUCACAUGGCAGCCCCGGAUUCGUCGGACGAAGAACGCGCGCAUCUCAGUGAGACGUCGUGCUUUCUGCUGUCCGGAAGGUUGAUCUUGCAGCCGUCGUUUGUAGACAGUCCAACGAUCAAUCGCCAAUCGUUACCUGCAGAGGUGCUGGUGCCAUUGCAAGGACAAGUGUGUCGCUCGUUACUGCGAUUGGAUGUGAAGGAGCUGCAUUUUGACGACUGCGUGCCAGGCGGAUCCUUCGUCAAAGAUUUUACUGUAUGGAAUCGCUCCGAGAUCCCGUUGUUGUUUUGCUUGUCGUCGCCGAUGACCCCAUGGAGCGAAAACAAGGGGCUGCUUGUGUGCACGGACUACAACUCUGGGUACGUGAUUGGAGACAAAACGUUGCAGGCUGCUGCUUAUGGGCACGUGCGGAUUCGCGUCACUUAUCGUCCUACUGAGGUUGGAGAGCGUUUUUUCGAGAUUCAGGCCCAGAACCUACAGGACUCUAGAAAUGUAAAGACUCUGAGGAUCCACGCCAUCACAAACCAAGAACACCACAGGGAAGGCCUAUCCAUCAAAGAGACGGGCGGUUCAUAUCUUAUGAGCGGAAGCCGCUUGGACUUUGGUGAUUGCUACACUGGCAUCGCCAGUUCUAAAACGAUCCUGAUGCGUAAUAUGACGGAGGCGGCUUUACAUGUUGAGCUGACGAGCGAGCGGCCCAAAGAAGUUACGUUUGAGCUCAAGCUGCUGCAAAAUCGCUCACGCUCGGCGAGAACUCCACGCGCUGACGAUGUCCUUUCACCUGCUGAUUCGAAUGACGAAUUGAGUCUGGAAGAAUCAGUCCUGCCUGACGGUACCAAGACUUCGCUACCGUUAUCAGACGUAGACGCGUACGGACCUGAUAGUGACGAAGAGGUCGAUGACAAUGAGGGAGAUUUUUACGACGAAGAGUUUCACGCGAAGCAAAACUCCUUCAAUGAAAACCCCAUGGGUGAUGCGGAAGAUUUAGAUGAUGACUUUGAGUUUGACCGGGAGCCUCGCGCACCCUCACGAACUCCCCACGGGAGUCCAGAGAUGCGUGUUACAAGAGGCACUGCAGAGCUGCGUGAGAAGGCAUUUCGGAUGAAUGGGCAAACGUCCGCUAAGAACACAUCUGGAGAAAAAGGUGCUGCUUGCGACAGUGGUGGGGACAGCCGGCACUCUUCUCCUGACCGAGGCAAGUCCCGAAAGCACCACCCCGUUUCGAUUGACGAGAAGAAUGCGUCUAAUUUUCUUGUCGAAACAAUUGACUUGCCGCCUGGUGUCGAGCGAACCAUUUUGAUAUGGUACUCACCCGCUUCGGUCAGCUAUUUGGAAGGAUUAAAUGGCGAAAAGACAGACGCAGUAGAUCUCAAAGCUGCCCGUCUAACGAAGCAAACGUUUCGCGUUUCGUUUCGGUGUUUCCUCAUGGAAGGCGCAUGGCAACAAGCUCAAUCGCGUGUGUACGAUCGCGCUCUUGGCAAAUCAAUUCACGUCCGCGCACGCACUUGCACUUCCCUGGUAACCGUGACGCCUUCAAUACUGCAUUUGGGCGAUUGCUACAUUGGAGAACUCAAGAGCAGCUCUUGUAUGCUGACAAAUCAUUCCGAGUUGCCAACGGUCGUCAAGCCAUUAGUGACGUCCAAAGUAAUCUCGACGGUGCCGAACGAUGACAUGGUGCUCGGCCCGAAGCAGUCCACUGAGGUCAAGAUUGAGAUUGUUCCGCGAAAAACCAACCCCAACUAUUCCCGACUUAUUUCCAUCAUCAACACGAGAAACAAAAGCAACGUUUCGCAGAUUUGCGUGCGUUCAAGCAACAUGGACGCGCACCAUGUGAUCUACCACUCUCUGUACUACAAACUUUUGACCCAAUCCCGAUCGGCGUUCUUGAAUUUUGAUCAUGUGACGGUCAACUCGGUUGGAGUCCAAGUGUUUGAUCUAGAGAACAUUACGAACGCUCCGCUUCACUUGAACAUUAGCAGCUCUGCUCCAUCUAAAGUUCGGUUGUACUGCAUAAAGCAUACAUUCGCCGAUGUGGCAACCCCAGUAGAGUUUGUGGAAACCGAUGGCGUGCGUGAGGCCGAAAGCAAAUUGUGUUCGUCGUCUGCGUCCACAAACCCGCAAAAUGGUAGCGGCGAGACCACCGACAACGUUUUGGCGCGAAUGAAUCAGUCGUCUGUGGGGCGGACGUUUUCUCGCCGUAGGUCGUUUUGCAGUAUGUCAGAACUGGCUGAUGGAAAAAUGAGCCGGAAACGAGGUAAACUCACAGCACUUCGAGAAUUACGGGCAAAGAAACUGACUGCUCUUUCAGCAUCGCAAAGUCAUCAUGCAUCAGCGGCCGUGCCUGGUAAGUGCGGCAUCUCUAGGUCGACAUCCAGCAUUUUUGACAGCGGCAAAGGACGUCAAGAGCAACACCAUGCCAGUGGAUUUGAUAGACAAGGAAAGGUGCCACAACUGGCAGCUGACGAGGAGGAGGCGUUGUAUGGGUCGCCUAAUACGUCAUUGUCGUCACCCAUGGAUUCGCAUGAAGAUCAACUUUCUUCGAAAGACGUGGCAGAUCUUCUGCAGCUUUUUGCGAAAUCGCGUGCUGAUUGUGAUGCAUAUUGCUGUAGCUCUAUGCCUUCGAAAGACAAAGAGGAGGAGAUAGUAGCGAUGGUUCGGGAGCGCACCAAGCGUCUUCAGACUCUUUUAGCUGAGAAGAAGCUGGUUUUGCUCAACUCCAACAAGGAGCGAAACGUACGUGUUCCUGCAAAGUCACGCCUAAGGAUCGUAUCCGUGUUUAGUCCUGUGGCGAGUGAUACAGCAGAUACGAAUGAUGUUGCGAAGACACGAGUCGAGAGGCACAAGAUUUUGAUCACACUGCCACCUGGUGGUAACAAGGCAAACGUAGGAGGGUCAAAGCUCGAUCAAAGCAAAAAGUCAGAGUGGACAGCAUCAAGUCACCCGUUCGAUUCUAGACCAUCUGUGAGGGAGCUGCUUCUCAAGAGUCGAGUAUGUCGUUCUGUGAUGAACGUGAACCAAAAGAACAUCAAUUUUGGCCGUAUUUCGACGUCGUCGAAAAGCUCGAAAAGGUUGGUUGUACAAAACAUGUCUGCCACCCCUCUCGUGUAUAGCGUGGAAAAGACGGGCUCGAUUUCAUCGGGCUUUCUGCAGAUUAAGGAAGGAGAGGUGGGAGUGGUCAAGGCUUUUGGCACGAAAGAAAUUUGCUUUCAAUUCCAACCAACAUUGGCUGGCCCUUUCGAAGAGAAGCUGAAAAUUGUCAACAUUCAAGAUGCAGAGAACUCAGUCUCGGUCACCAUCAAGGCCAGGAUUGUCAAGUGUGAAACGUUUAAGCUUCUACAGUCAGGUCAAACGAUUUCGUUUGGAAAGUGUAUCGUAGGUGAAAAAACCGAAGUGGUGAAGAUAGCUCUCCGGAACACCAGUCGGAAGAAACGAGAGUAUGUGAUUCAGGUAGACCAGAGCUUUACGGUCCCAAACUUGCGGCCGACGUUUUACUUCUCGAUUGACAAAACACCGGCAACCGUGAUCACGCAGGCACAGGAAAAGAAGUUGGAUGAGGAGUUGGAGAAACUGGAGCACAAGCUGCGCAUCGCGGAAACGAAAAAGAAGGUGGACAAGAUUGUCAAAUUGAACGCUAAGAUUUCGCAAGUCAAGGCUUUACUAUCGGGUGAACAACUACCGACAGACAGUGACGCAGAAACGAUCGAAAAGUUGAAGGAGAGUGGUGACGCGGGAGCGUGUGAUCCGUACGAUAGUGCUAACAGCGAGUCAGAAUUUUCUGAGUCGGAAUCGAGUUCACGUUCGCAGCGUCACCGUUCGAGGCACUCUGACAAGCACUACGCGAAUGUGAAAAGCGGACCAUCACCUCGGACCAACAUGUUGCAGUUUUCUUUGGGGGCUGAGGCGAUUGGAAAAGUUGUAGCGUAUGCCAUUUUCAACCCCAUCAAGUCUGGUGACACCUCCUCGACAGUCAGAGAGGACGGCAACAAGCGUGAAGCCGUUCAACGUAAAGAGGUGAAGAAGCGCCAGCUCCGUCGAGAUGCGACUACGAUCGUAGGAGUGGGGAAGUUUUUGCUGUUCGAGCAACAAAAUAAGGAUGUGGUGAAGGAGCUGCAGUACAACGCCGAAAUUUUCUUGCGAACAUCUGCAGGUGAAACUGCUUUCUGUCGUGCUGUUGGCCGCAAGCCUCCGUCCGUCCUUCCUCCGCAUCCCAAUACGGGAACGGCGCUUUCUAUCAUGGAUGAAAGCAUUUUGGAGAGCCGCACGGGAAAGCCAAGUGGCGCCAACGGUAGCUCUGUGGCGCAGGUGGAUGAUGUCCCGUCAUCAGUGACUGCACCCUCCGAGGCGACAUCUGCUGUAUCGAAACGUCGCCACAGUUUGACGAUUGAAAUACCUGGUUCGGGCAAGAAAGCACAAAAGUUGAAUGUGGACAUUGAUUCAAGUCAGUGUUGUUCUUUUCCGACUGGCUCAAGCCUGCUGGUACCAGCGGAAGAAUCACCGUCGGGCACUCAUGGCUGGUCGGUGGCGUUGUCCCUGGAUUCUCCUUCGUAUCAAGUCUCAGCAGUUAUUGAGAUUGCGUGGAAUCCAGCUAGCACUUUCAAAAACGUGAUGGCGCUGACGUGCGAUGCAGUCCCGCGUGGUUUUAUGGUUCAAGAUAAGACAACGGCAAUUGCCAAUGAGGCGGAAGCUUGUGAUCGACUGCUACUUCCUGUCAAAUUAAACAUCCCUGUUAAUCGCACAGUGAGCUUGGACCUAAAAUGGUGUUUUACGAGUGACGCGGGUUUCGCAUCGUCGACUCCUUUGGCGUCUUGUGUGAGUCGGUCAGUUUUGGAGAGCGUGUCUGAAGCUGCGGAGUUGAGCGCAGGUACAAUUGACUUCUUCUAUUGCUUACACAACACAUCGUCUCAAAAGCGUUGCCAGGAUACGACGAAGCGUACUCGAAUAUCAUCCCUCAACGUGGCUGUAACCAAGACGGUGCAGCGGUCGCUGUGUUUCGAGAAGGAAGCAAUUGAUCUGGGUGAGCACCAGCAAGGAGAGGACAUUCGAGGCGAAGUGGUUAUUCACAACCGAUUACAACAAGCCCUCCAGUAUCUCCUGCUGGCUGGGUCUCGUGAUCCGGGUAGCGGGAGCAUACCACCAUCGGUCUCACCUUCGCUUGUUGGAGGUGAGUUGACGUUCGAAAGUGCUACGGGAACUGUGCCAGCGGAGUCGUUUGCGACAGCAACUUUUGUGUACAAAGGCAAUGUGCCGGGACAACAUAAUGAACAAAUCGUGUUGCGAAAUCUCAGUGGAGAUCGUCUAGACACGUCAGUGUUGACGUUGUCGGUCCGUAUAGUUCGGCCAGUGUAUGUCCGGAUUCCCGAGUUGGAUCCACAAGUGACCGGUCAACUGAAAGUUCUGGAUAUGGGCCCGUGCUAUGUCACGCCUGAAAUGCAAGACACAUCUGUGGAUAAUCCACAUGGAUCGUUUCGAUUCAGCAAGGUUCACAAACUUACGCUGCAUAGCCAAGUCGAGCACACGCUGGUUGUUUGUGCUUCAUCGAAUUUAAAGACCCAGUGCUACGUCUAUGAAGACGCGCGUCUGCAGCGUGAGGCAACCCACGUUGUAAUGAAGGGUAUGCAGGUCGUCGAUCUCUAUGUCGCGAUUCGCCCACGGCUGUCCUCGGACGCUAUCAAGACAGGUUCUACUCGAGAUUUAGUGGGUGGUAUUCGCGUUCAGCUCUUCGGACUGCUACCGCAAGUUGACACUCUAGGGCAGGAGAAAAGCGACAUGCUGACUGAGUUCACUAUCAAGUUUGUUGGUGUGAUUGGCGCAAGUAUUGCACGCAUUGCACCAUCCCUGAUCGACUUUGGCGUUGAAUACAAUAACGGGCGAACGCAAACAUGCCAAACGCAUGAGGGUCAGUUUGAGCUGAUCAACAUGAGCACGGCGUUACCCUUGAAAUAUCGCUUGUACGUUACGAAUGCAACCGAGGGUUACUCGGAUGACGACGAUUCUCUCCAUUUAUCCUUGAAACACGAGAAAGGGGAAAUCCCAGCAGGCGCAACCGGGAAGGUUGAGUUCCGAAUGAUGGCGUAUACAAAUGGGCUGUUUCGUCGGCGUAUCAUGGUGGAAAACAGCAACUAUCCUGGCAAUGUAAAUUUUGUCGACGUCUUACUCUUUGUGGACAAUGGCGCCCUGAGUUGUGAAGUUGCGGGGUCAGACACUGAUGCCCAUUUGAGACGAGAGGAGAGCGUAUCUGCAUCUAAUCAUGCGCUGCACAAACCAGUGCUGGUGCAAGUCGUAGACUUAGGAGUCAUUAACGUGAUCCGAUUAGAGGACGAAUUAUCCGACGCUACAUGUGUUGCCGGCGACAAUGAUCCCUCAAGCUGCAAAUAUCGGAUUUACAGGAAGCCUGAUGAUGGACCGUUCAUCGAAGCGCGUUCUACUGCGGAUAGUGUGUUGCGCUUACCUGGUGAGAAGACUCUCGUGUUAACAAAUACUACCGACCGGAGGAUGGUAGUGCGCCCGUUUAGUACCCUUCCGAUGACGUUUCGAUGGGAACAGAUAGGAGACGAGUCCAGCGUCUCAAACGGAUCAACUGCUCGAUUCGCUUCGAUGGAGGACGUACGAAGGCUACGUAUCCCACGACUGGUGGAUGAUAUUGCGCUGCAAAAGAAUCCACAAGCAAGCGUGUUCUAUGGCGAGUCGUUAACUGUUGAGGCAAACAGCACGUUUCCGCUAUCCUUUCGCUUUGCACCGAUCGCUGUUACUGCGCCACUACCUACCGAAACGAUUGAAAGCGGGCAGCUGUACCCACUGCGAGGAAUGAUUGGAAUCCAAAGUUUUGAAACCGAUGAGAGUGGGGACGGGGAGGAACCGUGCACACUAAAAGUGAUCAAUGUUUCAGGUUUGUAUGGCGAGCCGCGCUUUCAUAUUGCAGUGAAGCACGUUGCAUUAGGAAAGAUUGGCUACGCGAUUGGGUGGAAAUCGUCGACGUUCAAGAUCUCUGUAGAGAAUGUAUCCGAUGUAGCGGUGUCGUUUGUACUUGCGCACUUACCAGCUUGCAUUCGUGUGUGUAGCGUCAGUGACGCUCGCCGGAUUGAAUUUGAUGACGGGAUGAAUCUUAAGUCGAUGGAGCGUCUUCCUUCACUUCGAAUGCUCGCGCUACAUGCUGAGCGCCUGCUUGAAAAUGGAAACGAUGUAAGCUGGAAUGCGUGGAAAGUACAGCCCAGGACAACGUGCGUACUCGAGAUGGAACUAGUGAGAACGAAAGAGUUCCUCUCUGCAGGAAGUCAUGAGUUUCUGCUCCGCUUUUUCAACCUAUGCAAUCCGCGCAACCGCGAAAAUGUGCUGGUUCAGGCGCAGAUUAUUUCCAGCUACGCGGAAUUGGUGAUUGACCCACAGAGCUCAGACAAAAGGACGGAUGCGUCAGCGCUCAAGGAAGCUCACGUCGCUUUCCUUCCUCCCGUCACCGUCCCCGCACCGCAGGAAGCACCUCUUCAUCGUGCCAGCUUCUGGUUUUCGCUGCGAAAUGUGUACGACGAAGAGUUGAGCGUGAGGCUUUCCUCCCAAACACACAGUCCGUUUGACCGAUCGAUCGAGCUGCUUUUGAUGCUUCGCUCAGCCAACACGCCGUUGAGUUCGAUCGUCAUUUCUCCCGGAGAAUCUGUCGACAUUCGCGUAGUAUGUCACGUCUUUCCGUCUGCUCGUCUGUCGUCUGACACGUGGCCAUCUGGAAGCAGCGGCGCUACGUCCGACAUUUUGGACUUGGGACGCGUAUUAGUCGAUAUCACCAUUCGAAAGGCAGAAGAAGCUGCACAACGGAAAAAGGUUCGCGUGAAGGGAAAGCUGUUGCCAGGCAAGACUUUUUUGCUAUCUGCAUCCAGCCUUCACUUUUUUGCCACCGCGACCGAUCUGCCUGCAAACAUUCCGGCGAACCAACUACCUGCGACCUUGUCGUUAAAAGCUGGGGGCCGCAGAGAUUCUUCUCAAAUCUCAUCGAGCGGAACGUCCCAACAGACGACAGCUUGUGUUGUGCACCAGCUACGCAACUCCUUUGAAAGUUUUUGGGUGCGCAAUCCGUCAACGUUGGAUGCGCUGAACUUCGACAUCAGUCCAGUCUCUAUGUAUCGACCGGGACUGUGCCUGGUUAAGGGUUCAGCGGAAGCGGACAUGUGUGCCAUGAAUGGAUGGAUCCAAGCCGUAGCAGUUCCUUCAUCGGGCACGAUAGCGCCCAAUGAAUCGCUGAAAAUUACAGUUUGUCUCGAAGAAGCGGCUCCUACAAGCAUGGAUUUGUUUCGCGAUGGAAAAAAUGACGACAAUGUAUCUGAAAGGACAGCACCGCAACAUACAAUGCGGCGCAACCCGACUUGGCGGAGCAACUCAUGGGACGCAGAUGCUCCAGAAACGCUACUAGACGAGAGUGAACAGAACCGCAUGUCUUUGGUUGUGCGUGACAUUGAUUCAAACCUCGGUACUGAAGUGUCCACAGAGAUCGAUGUGCUGUUAGUAUUACAGCAACAGAGCUCAUCGGGCGACAACGGCAAACAAGGCAACGUCGUUCUGGACACAAACCUGAUUACUACUGCACUAUCGGCCCGCAAUGACCGGCUUGCUCAGCCCCGAAAACCACGUCGUAGAUCGUCGUUGACGACCCAUGUUGAAAAUGAUACAUAUGAACAAUCGGAAUCGACUGGUUCGGAUAAUGCUCGUGAGUUCAAUGUUUCCUCACUUCGCUCAGGGUCGAUGGGGCAAAAGAAUUGUUUGCCAGUAUUGGCGGUUCGGGGCUGUACACCGGCCGAGUACUCGUCGCUGGAAAACACGCGAUACCUGAUUGAUGUGGGCCAGCACACGGUCCGCAAUGGCGGAGAAGUAGAGUGGGAAAUCACGAUUGAAAGUCUUUUCAGUAGCGCAGCAGAUGCUGGUCUUGAUUCCGUGGACUACCAUCUCAUGCUCGUCGAUAAGACUGCCCGAUCGUGGCUGCAACUCAGCCGCGAGCGUGGCACACUGGACAGAACACAUAGCUACCAGAGCGUCGUGCUGUAUUUUCUCAGGGGCGUCGUGGGAGUGUAUUCGACCUUCAUGGUACUUCAGAAUUUGGCGAACCCAUCCGAUCUAAAGGUAAUCCACGUGAGGCUGGAAGUUAUUGCGGAUCUGAAUUCCCUACGAGGUAUGUCUUCCGAACUAGACUUGACGAGACACUUAUUUCGCGUGCUCGUGUCAAACCAUGGCAAUUCGAAACGGCCUCGUCGGUCUGACAUUGAAAUGUCUCCAGAAAGCACUUUGGGCGGUGCUCAACAAUUGGUGAUCGACUUCCGCGAGGUGUACUACUACAAGCUCUAUCAGAACCACUCCAUAGUGAUUGAAAACUCGUCGGGUCUAAGCCUUGACUUCAUUUUGUCAACGAAUGCUAGACCACAAGAAGUAAGCUUUUCCGUCUCACCGAUGUCGUUGAACGAGGUGACUACAGUUACUCUUGGAGCUCAUUCAAGCAUGCAGGUAUUCCUGCAUUUCCGCCCCCAGCCAAAACAAUUGGUUCUGCCUGGAGCUAGCAAUGUGGUCGAUGACGAACUAAGUGAUCCGUGGGUGCGCGAAAUUGAGGUAUACGUUAGCUGUCGACUGGUGAAAGAUUUCAGGGAAACCGUCAUUUUGCGUGCCGUUUGCAGCCAGCCUCAGCUGAUGGUAAAUGUGGCGAAUGGUGAAACGAACGAAGCUCCUUUACAUGGAGAAGCUUACUUUUCGGCACAGCCGACGUUCCUUGGGUUGGUCUUUCCAAUGCUAGAACCUAUUCUGUCAAGUCCGGACCUGUCUGCUAAAGCUGCCGAUGAAAUGCAGAAAUUUCUGGUCGUGCGCAAUACGAGGAAGGACAUCAACGCCCAUCUGGCGUUGCGGAACGAUAGUAUGUUUUUUGGCUUAGUGAUUGAUGAGAGUCAGACUCAACCUGGUUCCGCCACAUUAGACGUGCUGGAUCGCGGUGUCUGUGCUGGCCGAAAGUCAACAUUGUUGUUGACCAUACGACCUCAAUGCAUUGUGGUUCUUCGGGUCAAACCUGACGUCACAGCGUUAUGGAAGCACCAUCAGCUGUGGGAUCAUAGCGUGAAAGAGCACGUCACACUAUACAAUAUCAGCCAGUUCGCGGAGCACUACCAGGUCACACUUUGUUUUACAAGCAGCAAUGUUGCGAGCUUCUACAUCCCACCAAAUAUCAGCGAAAGCUACCCGAUCUCGGCCCUAGAGGAUAUCGUCGCAAAGUUUUUGCAGAACUUCGAGUAUACGUGGAAGUGCUUGAUUUCGUUCCACGAGAAGUUGGUGACACCACACGCUUCACCCAAGAACUCACCCAGCCAACCACCCGCACCAUCAGCACCAAAGCUGACUGAGAUUUUGAACAUCCUCGACAACGCGUUAGAUCUGGCGCCACCCUUAAGCCCUCGCAACCUCACGCACAUGGCAGUGCGAAGCUUCGAGGAAGCGGCGACUACUCGAGCAUUGCCUCGUCAGGACGACUUUUACGAAUUGGUGCAAUUGUAUCAGGCACUGUUCUUCGACUUCUACUACAUCACAGACGAACUAGUAUGGUACGGUGUGCGCGGAAACGCCGUGCGGCACAGUCUAGCUCUCGCCGACUUGGCGUAUGGUGUUGUGUUCAAUCACGGGAUCUUUCGGUCGUUCCUCGCUGAAGGCAAAGAUGGCACCGAUUCUACGGACGUUACAUCCUUCCCGCGUCUGCUACUACCGUGGGUCCGGCAGCUCGGACACUUCUUGAGCUACUUCCCGGAAAGUCAAGAAGCGACCCAGCCGCUUCGACAGAUCUACGAUCAACUUCGACGGUUCGAGACUAGCUAG